AUGCUAAUUGACUGUAUACUGAAAUUAUUUCUAUUAAUUGGUAUUGCAUUAUCAAAGAACCCAGUUGAAUUAAACAAUGUCUGUACUUUUCCAAAUGAUUACGGUAGGAUACCUGGUUUCACAGUUCUUGUUGGGCGGCUAGGGUUACUAAUUAGUGCCAGUGACUACAAGGAACUUCUUAGAUACCCAGGUGCAUUUUUAAUUGCAACUCAGGAUACGAUGACCACAAGCCCAAAUUUCGAAUUAACAGGGUUUCCGUUUUUCACUGGACUUUACGGUUUAACUGUAUUUCCAUUAGAUUUAUUAGUUGAACUAAGAGGCUACUUUGUACCACCCAAUUCUGGUCAAUAUACUUUUACUCUUUCAGACUCAGAUGAUGCUGCAAUCAUCUUUCUUGGAAAUCCGUCGGCAUUCCCAUGUGGUGAUUUACAAAAUUGGCCUAAGCCUAGUGAAGAAGAUAUUACUGUUACAGACCAUUUAUUUCCUUCAAGAACCCUGUACCUGAUUGAAGGAGUUGCCUACCCCAUGCGAAUUGCAUACUACAAUGGGAUUGGAGCAGGUAGGCUUAAUGCUGCAUUUAUCGAUCCCAGUGGAACAAGGCAUACAAACUGGGAAGGAUACAUUUGGCAGUACGACCCCUGUUCGACCUGUACUUAUUCGGAACCCCCAACAGCUACGACUACUUAUUCAUCCGGAUGGGUCGUUAAUGAAACUACUACAGGAACAAGCUACAGCAUAUAUACUGGCAUAGAUGGUGUAGAGAGCACAUACACAAUAUUUCUAGUAGAAGUUCCAACCAUAACCCCGUCACUUUCAAUCCCUCCAAUUACCACAGUUACUAUAUCUAGACCAGACUACAUUGAGGUGGAAGUAAUUAGUUUUGUUAGUACCACAAACAAAGAAGGCGUACCCAUAACAGGCAGCACGACCAUCAACGGCACCCGUGACUACCUUGAUGCCGAUGCUCCCCACAACUCGCUGGCUCCAGCACCUUCCCCAGUGACACACACCAUCGACCUGGGCAACGGGGUCACCAACUAUGAGGUGGUGUCCUACAGAACCACCACGAACGAGUAUGGAGGUUACAUCACAGUCACAGAGACCGUCACUUUCAAGGCGCCUCCGGUGACUGUGGUGGAGCUGAAGGGCGACGACUAUGUUGAGUCCGACUGGGUCUCAUUCUUCAUCACUACAGAUGAGAAGGGCGACAUCAUAACAGGCAGCACGACCAUCAACGGCACCCGUGACUACCUUGAUGCCGAUGCUCCCCACAACUCGCUGGCUCCAGCACCUUCCCCAGUGACACACACCAUCGACCUGGGCAACGGGGUCACCAACUAUGAGGUGGUGUCCUACAGAACCACCACGAACGAGUAUGGAGGUUACAUCACAGUCACAGAGACCGUCACUUUCAAGGCGCCUCCGGUGACUGUGGUGGAGCUGAAGGGCGACGACUAUGUUGAGUCCGACUGGGUCUCAUUCUUCAUCACUACAGAUGAGAAGGGCGACAUCAUAACAGGCAGCACGACCAUCAACGGCACCCGUGACUACCUUGAUGCCGAUGCUCCCCACAACUCGCUGGCUCCAGCACCUUCCCCAGUGACACACACCAUCGACCUGGGCAACGGGGUCACCAACUAUGAGGUGGUGUCCUACAGAACCACCACGAACGAGUAUGGAGGUUACAUCACAGUCACAGAGACCGUCACUUUCAAGGCGCCUCCGGUGACUGUGGUGGAGCUGAAGGGCGACGACUAUGUUGAGUCCGACUGGGUCUCAUUCUUCAUCACUACAGAUGAGAAGGGCGACAUCAUAACAGGCAGCACGACCAUCAACGGCACCCGUGACUACCUUGAUGCCGAUGCUCCCCACAACUCGCUGGCUCCAGCACCUUCCCCAGUGACACACACCAUCGACCUGGGCAACGGGGUCACCAACUAUGAGGUGGUGUCCUACAGAACCACCACGAACGAGUAUGGAGGUUACAUCACAGUCACAGAGACCGUCACUUUCAAGGCGCCUCCGGUGACUGUGGUGGAGCUGAAGGGCGACGACUAUGUUGAGUCCGACUGGGUCUCAUUCUUCAUCACUACAGAUGAGAAGGGCGACAUCAUAACAGGCAGCACGACCAUCAACGGCACCCGUGACUACCUUGAUGCCGAUGCUCCCCACAACUCGCUGGCUCCAGCACCUUCCCCAGUGACACACACCAUCGACCUGGGCAACGGGGUCACCAACUAUGAGGUGGUGUCCUACAGAACCACCACGAACGAGUAUGGAGGUUACAUCACAGUCACAGAGACCGUCACUUUCAAGGCGCCUCCGGUGACUGUGGUGGAGCUGAAGGGCGACGACUAUGUUGAGUCCGACUGGGUCUCAUUCUUCAUCACUACAGAUGAGAAGGGCGACAUCAUAACAGGCAGCACGACCAUCAACGGCACCCGUGACUACCUUGAUGCCGAUGCUCCCCACAACUCGCUGGCUCCACCGCCAUCUCCGGUUACAAACUUAAUUAUUGAUGUGUAUGAGAAUGUUACUGAAUAUGAAGUGGUUUCGUAUUAUAUUAAAGCUAACGCAUAUGGUCAAUAUUUAACACUAACUGAAACUAUAACUUUCAAAGCCCCUCCGACUACUGUUGUUGAGGUGAAGGGGAGGGAUUAUGAUAUUAGGAUUUAUGUCUCUUAUUUUAUUACUGUUGCAAAUAAUGGAGUUUUAAUAACGGAAUCAACAACUUUAAGCGAAGUGAAAGAGUGCCUUGGUGCGGAGGGUAUUUCUAAGCUUAAAUCAUAUUCGUACAAUUGGGCUCCAAAACAGCUGCAUUUCCCGAAUAGUACUAUCAGUUCAAGUUCUAUUGAUAGCUGUACUAAUGAGUGUGAUAAAAUGGACGAAAAUUCUUCCAAGGUUAAAAAUCCUAAUGCAAAACUAGGACAUAUGUCUGAUGCACUUUCAAUCACUCAGGAGGUGUAUGGUGAAAUGCUACCCAAUUCUUCCCAUAUUUCUAUUGAAACUUUUCCAACCUCCCUAAUAAGUUCUAGACCCAAUACGAUAGGUGAGUCUGGAGCGAGCUCGUCUAACUUAAUUAUGUCUGAUAAACUGAUAGAUUCAGUCACAGUAAAUGAAAUUUUCAGACAUUCAACUAUUAGUAGUACGAACUUUAACAGUACCACAACAACUCGUGAUAGCUUAGCAAAUGUAGCAAUAGAGCUUAUUUCAAAAUUAUCUCCGCAUAAAAGCGAUGCUUUCCCUGCGACAACACCCGGAAAUGAAAUAAACUCUAAUUCACUACAGCCUUCGCGUGACGACUCAUCAAGCAUUGGUAAUAGUUUAAUGCAUUCUAGGGACACGAUACAAUUAUACAAUAGCAACCAGUCGUCAAAGCCUGAAUUAUAUGCCUCUGAAACAUUAACCACUCAUUCCGAGCCUGCAACAUCAGGUUUGAUCUCAGCAGAGCCUCCAAGGAGCUCCAUUAUUUUUUCACCAUCUACAAUUAAUUUAUAUUCACGUUUUAACUCUACACUAGGAACGGUUAUUUCAAAAUACUCGACAAUGAGUGUGAGUCCACCGAUGAAUGCCAGCUAUAGCAAGCAAUUCAAUAAAACUAUUUGCUCAGUAUAUUAUCCUGAUUCACAAAUAAUAAAUGGAUGUGCAUCUGGAAUCAUAAAUUAUUGGCAAUGUAAUUUUAUUUUUCCAAUACUAGUAUUACAACUGUUUUUUAUACUCUGA